UCGUCGUCGUCGUCGGCGGCGUCCUCGUCGUCGUCCACGGUCACGUCGGCCGGCGUCCGGGAGCCGCCGAGCUCGCCCAUCGACCUGUCCCGGUCGGAUCUCGCCGACGCCACGGCCACCGCAGACACCACCGUCACGCAAUUGCCGGACAAAGAAGCGGCCAACGGCUCGCAACCGUGGCCGGCCUGGGUGUACUGCACCAGAUAUUCGGACCGACCUUCAUCCGGUCCGCGUACCAGAAGGGUGAAGAAGAAGGACAAACAGCAGCAGGACGAGAAGCGACCGCGGACGGCGUUCAGUGGCGACCAGCUGGCCAGGCUGAAAAAGGAGUUCACCGAGAACAGAUACCUGACCGAGCAGCGGCGCCAAGAACUUGCCAACGAGCUGGGACUUAACGAGGCGCAGAUCAAAAUUUGGUUCCAGAACAAACGGGCCAAGAUCAAAAAAGCCAGCGGCACCAAGAACCCGUUGGCGCUGCAGCUGAUGGCCCAGGGACUGUACAACCACAGCACGGUGAUGGUUACCAAAGAAGAGGAGGAACAGAUGAUGGCCCAAGCGAUGGAGAUUAACGACUGAUCGACACCUGCUCAACUCGGAUCAAAAUCAACCGCACGGUACAGCCGACGAAAUCCGUCAGUAACCUAAUAAAUAUAUCAUUUUUAAUAUAUAUAUUUUCGUGAAGUCUUGCAUAUUAUAUUAUAAUAUCCGUUUAGUAGUAUAUUAUAUGGAUGACUAAAAAAAAAGAAAUACCUACCCCUUUAGUCAACAAUAAUAAUCGAACAAAAUGUGUUAGUUUUUUUUUUUAUCACUAUUUAUUUGUACUUAAAGUUUCGCGUGUGUUUGUGUAAACGUUAAACGAUAAUAUUGUAAUAUAUUAUGUAUGUACAAAUUAUCGA